GGAGAGAAUGAUAUAUGGGCCUGGGCCAAUAAUUGUAAUACGCCUACUUUAACCUUCAUGGAUAUUAACAAACAAAUGGGCCAUUUCUCUUUUUCGUGUGUGUGAGUAUUAUAGUUUGAAAAUGGGCCAUAAUAGCCCAUAUCGUUGUUCAAUUCUAUUUUACUCAUCACCGUGUAUAAAUUGAGCACAUAAAUGACCGUCGGACAGAACAAGGGAGAUAGGGUUUUAGGGUAAGUCAUUUCGUUCUUGCCUCCGAAGAUACCAUGGAGACGGGGACGACUGUGUUGUGUCGGUUAGUAGACGCCGAAGGAACUCCUUUAGGUGACCCUAUGUAUAUCCCUCGGCAAGCAGGGCCGGUGCAGCUUACCGAGCUAGCAAAUAGAUUUCUCAACAAUGAGGAGAAGUUGAACUACGCUUUCUAUGUAUCAGGGGAGGCUCUUAGUGUGCCCGUAGGAACUUACAUAGAGAACAGAAGUGUGUCCGUGGAGGAGAUUUUGACUAUACAGUAUCGAGAAGAAGCUGUUUUCCGAACUCGCCCAGUUAGCCGUAUUUCUGCUAGCAUUGCUGAUCACAGGGACUCUGUCUUGUGUGUUUCUUUCAGUCCUGACGGUACACAAUUAGCAAGUGGCUCGGGUGAUACUACUGUCCGGCUUUGGGAUAUCUACACUCAAACUCCAAUGUUUACAUGCAGAGGGCACACGAACUGGGUUAUGUCAGUUGCAUGGUCUCCAGAUGGUAAGCACCUUGUUAGUGGUGAUCUAGCUGGUAAUAUCUGUUUCUGGAUACCGAAAACCGGAAUGCUAGAUGGCAGACCCGUUAGAGGCCACAGGAAAUGGAUUACCAGCAUCUCGUGGGAGCCUGUCCACCUUACCUACCCGUGCCGUCGGUUUGUAACUUCUAGCAAAGACGAGGACGCGAGGAUAUGGGACAUGACGCUCAAAAAAUCUGUAACUUGCCUCAGUGGACAUACACGUGGCGUGACUUGUGUCAAAUGGGGUGGAGAUGGUAUCAUAUACACGGGUUCUCAAGACUGCACGAUAAAGAUGUGGCAUGUUACUCCCGAGGGGGUUGCAUGUUUGAAAGGGAAAUUGAAGGAGCAUGGUCAUUGGGUGAACUCCCUUGCAUUGAGCACAGAUUAUGUUCUCCGGACAGGAGCCUUUGACCACACUGGAAAACUAUAUUCCUCCUCCUCGCCUGAAGAAGUUAGAAAGGCUGCGCUCAAAAGAUACGACCAAGCGAAAGGAGAGUAUGGCGAAAGAUUGGUUUCAGGUUCUGAUGACUUUACCAUGAUUCUUUGGGAUCCGUCUGUUAGCGAUCAAUUUAAAAAGAAAUUGUCCGGUCAUCAGAAGCUUGUAAACCAUGUGUGCUUCUCGCCUAAUGGCCAGUGGAUUGCAAGUGCGUCGUUUGAUAACUCUGUCAAGAUAUGGGAUGGUAUCACUGGGGACUUUAUCACAACUUUUCGAGGCCAUAUUGGACCUGUUUAUCAAAUCAGUUGGUCCCCCGACAGUAGGAUGCUUUUAAGUUGUAGCAAAGACACUACUCUUAAGAUAUGGGAUAUUAAAUUGAGACGGUUAGAGAAAGAUCUUCCUGGUCAUACCGAUGAGGUUUAUGCAGUCGACUGGAGUCCAGACGGUGAGAAAGUAGUCUCCGGUGGUAAAGAUACUUCUCUGAAGCUAUGGGUUGGUUGAAGAGAGAGAGAGAGAGAGAGAGAGAGAGAGAGAGAGAGAGAGAGAGAGAGAGCAGCUGGAGCUUGUUUUAUUACCAGCGUUUUAGCUAUUUAAUUUCAGUUUCCACCGACUUUAUUUUAUGUCUGUUUCUGAACAUUUUAUUAUUAUCUACUUUUUAAGGUAUAAUUUCAUAUUUACUAACAAGUAUAAUGUGUGGGUAGACAACUCUAAAAGGUUACCAACU